GAACCACAUCAAAUUCCAAUAUCAGUACCCAAAGUUGAAUUUUUCCUUCCGACCAUUUAAUGUGGACAAAAAUACAAAAUCAGUUAUGUCUCUACAACUUGAUGUCAGAUAAUUGAUUAUGGGCUGUCAUGUUCAUCUACUACUUACAUUUACAACUUGCCAUGGUUGAAACGUGUCAUUCUUUUGAAACGUGUCAUGUACGAAGUGUUCAUCGCCAUUUAGGGGUAACUAAUCUUGGUCGGAGAUACACAAGAUGAAUUUUCUCCUUUUAAAUGAAUUUUCUCAGGAAUCGAAUAUCUGACCACCAAAGAAUUUUUGACAUUUUUUUUUUUGAAGAAGCUAAAUUAGCCCACUCAAAUUGACACCAGGGAGAAUCGAACUUCAGUCCUCAAGAGGAGAACACUCUCAAGUCCCAAGCCAAUACCAAUGCACCAACCCAAGAAAUUUUUUUUUUCUUAAUUAGCGAUGUGAAGACAACACUUAUACUAAAAGAAAAGUGUAAAAAAGAUGAUGUGGUUGCUAAUACUAUGCUGCUACGUACAAUUUCAACUUUCAACUACAAAAUUCAAAGAUAAGUAAAUAGUCAACUGUAGUGUCCUUCUCCCUUUGUUCUUAUAAUAAUGGAAUGGUAUAAUGAAAUCAUGAAUUAAUCAAAACAUGUUAGGACUCAAUAAUGUGCAAGGUAACAUGUUACAUAUUUUAUUCACUCUCUCGACCCUUUGCACUAUAUUGAACAUUGGCACUGCUUCUGUGAAUACAAUUACAAAGUCUCAAAUAUUGAUCAAAGAUUCUGAAACUAUAAGCUCUGCGGACGGCGCAUUCAAGCUUGGAUUCUUCAGCCCCAUCAACACAACAAAUCGCUACGUAGGAAUAUGGUAUGUCACUGAAUCCAACGUCGUAUGGGUAGCCAACAGAGAAACACCAUUACAUGAUUUUUCCGGUGUUGUCAUCAUAUCUGAUGACAACACAAACCUUUUAGCACUAAAUGGACAAAAACAUAUUAUAUGGUCAUCAAAUGUCUCAAAUAUUGUACCAAAUUUUAAUGUCACUGUUCAGCUUCAAAAUACUGGAAAUCUCGUCUUGCAGGAAGACACUACAGACAGGAUAAUAUGGUCGAGUUUUAAUCAUCCAACUGAUACAUUCAUUCCGAAUAUCAUAAUAAGCACAAACCAAAUAACAGGAGAAAGAGUAGAAGCUACUUCAUGGAAAAGUCCUUCUGAUCCAGCUAUUGGAAACUUUACUGGCGGCCUUGAGCGUCUCAGUGCUCCUGAAAUUUUUAUAUGGAACCAAAAACAACCUCAUUGGCGUUCGGGUCCAUGGAAUGGUCAAGCUUUUCUUGGUUUGAGAACAAAUUUGUUGUCUACUUCUGCAUAUCUAAAUGGAUUUACCUUUACAAGAAAAGAUAAUGGAAGUCUUGUUGAGAUUACAUAUACAUUGCCAAAUAGUUCUUACUUUGGAACCCUUGUGGUGAGUUAUGAAGGAAACCUUGUGUAUACUGCAUGGAUCAAUAGGAUUCAAGUUAGGAAAAGGGUUGUUCAACAAAACGAAUGUGAUGUUUAUGGUAUUUGUGGUCCUAAUGGAAGCUGUGAUUUUAAAGAUUCGGCGCCAAUAUGUACAUGUUUGAAAGGUUUUGAGCCAAAAAAUGCCGACGAAUGGAAUAGACUAAUAUGGAUAAAUGGGUGUGUGAGAAGAGCAUCACUAAAGUGUGAGAGGGUGAAAAAUAAUAGGAGUGCAUUAGAUGGUGAAGAAGACGGGUUUAUAAAACUACAGACGACAAAACCACCGGAUUUUGUUGAGCAAUCAUAUCUUUCUGAGGAUGCAUGUAGAGCUCGGUGCUUGAAUGAUUGUAAUUGCACAGCUUAUGGAUUUGAUAAUGGAAUUCAGUGCUUGAUUUGGAGUGGUAAAUUAAUUGACAUAGUAAGGUUUACAAGUGGCGGCAUCGAUCUUUUCAUACGCCAAGCUUAUUCAGAACUUGCAUCUAUACAAACAAAUGAGAUUCAUGGGAAGAAAAAUGUUACACCAAUCAUCAUCGCUACUGUGACAGUGGGUGCAAUUAUUGUUGCUACUUGUGCUUAUUUCUUUUGGUCAUGGUCUUCUAAACGUUCAGGGCAAACCAAUCAAGAAAACCAAAUUGCAAAUCUAAGUGGAGAUGUGAAACAAGUUAAAAUAGAGGACCUUCCUUUAUUUGAGUUCAAAAACAUUUCAACAGCAACAAAUAACUUUAGUUCAGCUAAUAAGAUUGGACAUGGUGGUUUUGGUUCAGUGUACAAGGGAGAAUUGCCAGAUGGAUUAGAAAUAGCAGUAAAAAGACUUUCAAGAACAUCAGGACAAGGUCUUGAAGAGUUUAUGAAUGAAGUGAUUGUGAUUUCAAAGCUUCAACAUCGCAAUCUUGUAAGACUUUUAGGGUGCUGCAUUGAAGGAGAAGAAAAGAUGUUGGUCUAUGAGUACAUGCCUAAUAACAGUUUAGAUUUUUAUCUAUCUGACCCAGUAAAAAAGAAGAUUUUAGAUUGGCAAAAACGGCUAUAUAUAAUUCAAGGAAUCUCUCGAGGAUUGCUUUAUCUUCAUAGAGAUUCGAGAUUGAGAAUAAUACACAGAGACCUAAAGCUGAGUAAUAUCUUGUUGGAUAUAGAGUUGAAUCCAAAAAUAUCCGACUUUGGUAUGGCUAAAAUCUUUGGAAGUAGCGAAAAUGAGGGAAAUACAAGAAGGAUUAUGGGAACAUAUGGAUACAUGUCUCCAGAAUAUGCAAUGGAAGGAUUGUUUUCAGAGAAAUCAGAUGUUUUUAGCUUUGGAGUUUUACUCCUCGAAAUAAUAAGUGGUAGGAAAAACACAAGUUUCUAUAAUCACGAUCAAGCACUUAGCCUCUUAGGAUAUGCAUGGAAACUAUGGAAUGAAGAGGAGAUUAUAUCUUUGAUUGAUCCAGAAAUAUGUAAUCCAGAUUAUGUAGAUGAAAUUUUGAGAUGCAUACAUAUUGGACUUCUUUGUGUUCAAGAAAUUGCAAAGGAGAGGCCUACUAUGGCAACAGUUGUAUCAAUGCUUAACAGUGAGAUUGUUAAAUUUCCUCGUCCAUCUCAACCUGCAUUCAUUCAAAGACACACUGAGCAUAAAGGAGAGUCGUCUCAGUCUCAACAGAGUCAUGACUCGAAUUCGAGGAAUAGUGUCACUAUCACAAACUUGGAAGGCAGAUAACAGUCAUGAAGAUGCCAUGGUUGAAAUAACUACCUAUAGCUCACACCAAGAAAUUAUGGACCCUCAAGACUUUAAGCUACUAUAUAUAUAUGAUUGAAUGUGAAUUUCGUUAUAAACUAGUAAAGUCUGACCAACCAUUUGUUUUUAUUAAAUUGUACUUUCAUAUAACUUCAAACAGAGAUUUUUGUUAUUAAGAAUGCUUAAAAUGUUAAUAUACUAUAUAAGGAAAAAACAAAUAAAAAAAUAUACAUCGUCUCUAUCUUCGAUGAAGGGUUGUAGAAAAAACAUAAUUAUCGCUCGAGUUAGAUAGAGAAGAAAAUAGACCAAGUUGAAG